AUGUCUAUUCUUUCAGAUGGUUUAUCAGGAUGUAAAAAUCUCGUUACAUUAAAGCUUGUGUUAGAAAACUGCUGUUUUACUUAAGAAGGAGCUUUUAGCUUAGGUUAUUCCUUAGGUCUAAAUAACAAUUUAACAACUCUAGAGCUAUUUUUGGAAGGAAAUUUCUUAGAUUUAAAAGGAGCAUCAAAUUUAAUUAAUGGUUUAUCUAAAUGUUCAUCUCUUUCAAUUUUAAAUAUAGUUCUUAAAAAAUGCCUAAUUGGAGUUCAAGGCUCAAGCCUUUUAGGAGAUUCUCUUCAAAAUCUAAGAAAUAUUACAAGUCUAAGUUUAAAUCUAGGGAUUAAUAAUAUAGGAAGUGAAGGAGUAUUAAAAAUAGUUAUUGGUUUAACAAAGUGCCAAAAUUUAACUAGUUUAAAUCUACUUGUUGACUAAAAUAACAUAGACGAUGAUGGAAUUACUAAUUUAGGUCUUUAAAUAGCUAAAAUUGAAAGUAUUAAAAUUCUAGAAAUCAGCAUCUACUUUAACUAAGUAGGUCAAAAAGGAGUUUCAACAUUUGUAAAAGCACUUUCAAGUUGUAAAAAUCUUUAAAAUAUUACACUUGAUUUAGGUGAAAAUAAUAUUGAUGAAAAGGCUAUUUAGAGCGUUGUAUCUGUCCUCUCCAAAUCUAUAAAUCUUAAAACCUUAAAACUCUAACUAAAUGACAGAAUUCAGAAGGUUUAUAUAGAUAAAACUUAAAAAUAAAUGAAGUGA